GGGGUCGAGUCGAAGACUCGUGGAGUGAAUACGCCUCGUCGAGGUGAUUCUUUUACUGAUAGUAGCGUUAUCUUUCGUAACGUUGCUGAAUCCGCGGCAGCUCUUCCCAAGGAACGCAUGCUGGAUGACCUCCAGUGGUUCAAGCUCUGCGUCAACAAGAUGCUUCCACCUGGUUUCCCCGGUGUCACUAUCAGGAAGCUAACCAGAUUGGGGAACGUCCCUGUAGAUACGCCAAAUCCGCGACCCCGACUACUUCGUGUAGUCCUCUCAACCCCGGAGGAACGCAAAGCGUUAAUGCGCUUUGCAUUCAAACUCAAGGGUAGUAAUGUCAGCGUUCAGCCGGACCUCCCACUGGCAGAUCGACUGAAGUUAAAGGAAGCCAUCAAAAGCCUCAAGAGCAGGCGGGCGGCUGGUGAGCAAGGCCUUCGUCUUGUGGGUUUUCAGGUGGUCAGCCGGAAGUCAAAUUCUGCCCUACCAGAACCCCUCCUGGUAGCGUACGACCCAGGGCUGGUCGUGCCGAGUUCCUUCGGGUAGUGCUUAGUAAUGUGCGUAGCCUAAGGAACAAGGUACACGAGGUGGGUCUACUUGUAGACAAAUCUCGUCCCGACAUACUUGCUAUCACCGAAACGUGG